UGAGGCUUCGCGCCUCGCCGUCCAAAAAGUCGAGCCACCGCAAAGGGUCCUCGAGUGGAUUCGCAGCGCAUCGCGGAGCACCCCUGCGCCACCAUUGACCAGACAACUCCCUCCCAUCUGACAACGACGGCACUUUGCGCCAGCUCUCCUUCCCUUUGUAUUUCCGUACGUAUGCAUUCCGGCGACAUUGCAGCCCUUCCACGAUCGCCUCAGAUCCCCUACCAAAAACGCUUGGCCUGGCUCUGUGCACCGGCGCCGUUGCCUCGUCCGGUACCCCCAGCAGCGACCACGACCUCAUCCUGACCCGAGUUCGCAUCGAGACCGGCCAAGCCACUUCCACAACGGGUGAUUUUGACGACCGCGUGAGGCCCACCAAGCAGUGGUGCUGCCUGCCGCCGCAAUGUUCCAAAAGAUCCGCGGCGCCAUCGACCAAACAAUCGCCCAAGAACAGGCUCGUCAGAAGGCCGUCGCCGACAAGGCUGCCUCGGGUUCCGCCGCUUCCGUCCGCAGGACCAACAGCAGCGCAAGCUCCCCAGCCCGCCGGCCCAAGAAAGCUGCUGCUGCGUCGUCCAAGGAUUCCAAAGACACAGAUGGCGCAACCUCGGACCCGGCUGUCUUUGAGGCUGCGUUUGUUAUAGAGGACGACGACACGGACGGCCCCUCCCGGACCGGCACGCCAAAACCUCCCCUGCCCGAGAAGGACGACGCGACCUCCAAGGGAAAAGCUGUCUCAGAGAGCAGCGAUGGCAUAAAGGCUGCGGCGCCUACUGAGGGUGCGGCCCCGGCCCCAGUUGUUGCCGAAGGCGACCAGUCCGCUUCGAGCAGUAAGCCUGGGUCGCCAGCACCCAGCGCAAGCCAAGAGCUCCCACCCCAGAUCAAGGUGAAGCUGCGCAAGCUUGAAAAGCUCGAGGCGACAUAUCCUGAGCUCCUUCGUUCCUACCGGAUCGCACAUGGUCGCGCAACUUCGAUAGAACCGUUCGAGCGAGCGCUACGCGAAAACACGCCCCUGACGACGAUCAAGGAGCCUGCCGCGCUCAUAGAAUACCUCAAUCAGCUGAACCUCAAGGGUGACAUGGUCAUGCAAGAGUUCAAGCGCGUCUCGGGCGAGAAGGACGACCUCAAGAAGAAGCACGAAGAGACAGAGAAGGAACUGGCUGCGGUGAAAGAGGAGUUGGCGGCGCUCAAGGCAGCACAUCCCGUGGGCGAGCCAGCAGUAACCGAGGAUGAUGCUGCGAAGAAGGAGAACAAGCAGUCUGAUUCGGAGAAGACCGAGGAAAGAGUCAAAUCUCCGGUAGCAUCCAUUCUUGGCGUGUUCUCGCCCAAGCAGAAGCCAUCUGCUGGCCCGGAGGACACAAAGGAGAGCGGCGAGGACAUGUUCUCGUACGAUGACGAGAUCCCGCAGCUGCAGUCCGAGCUGGCGAGCAAAUCUGAAGUUAUCGACAAGCUGCACGCCGAGGUAUCGACUCUCAAAGACGAGCUUGCCAUGGCCAAGGAGCAUAGCAACGGUCUUGUGGAGCAGCUGGAGAAGGCGACAAGAGAACUCGGGGAGGCAAAGGAGAAGGCCGGAUCCGACGACUCUGCCAAGGCUGAGCUAGAGACCAGGGCCUCUGAAGUCAAGGAUCUGACCGAGAAGCUUGAGAAAGCCGAGGCACAAUUGCGGGAGAUGGAGGCCAGCUUGGAGAAGCAGAAGUCGACCGCGCAAGCCACCAUCAAGGGCACAAUGGCGAAGGUCGAAGCCGCCGACGCCAAGAACGCAACACUGGCGGCAGAGAUGAAACAGCUGGAGGAGAAGAAGACCAAAUCGGACGAUGCGAUCAGCAAGCUCACGUCAGAGAUUGAGACUCUGAAGAAACAAAAGACAAAGAGCGAGGAGACCGUCAAAGAACUGACCGAGAAGCUCAAGACCGCUCCAAAGCCUGCAACAACGGCCAAGUCCGCUGAAACUCCUGCGCCCCAGAGUGCGGCUGCCAAGAAGAAGAACAACAAAAAGAAGAAGAAGGGUGGUCAAGGAGCCGCAGCUGAGACUGCCGCCACCGAGGCGGCCGAGUCGAUCGAGGAGCCAGAGCCAGAGCUUGACACGUCCGAAACCGACAGUCUGAAAGAGGAACUGGCCAAGCUGAAAGAAGAGCUCAGCGAGAAAGAUAGCCGGAUCGAGAGGCUCUCAAAGCAGAGGAAGACGGAAGAAGACCUGCGGGAAGAAAUCGAGACGAUGCAAGAAAACCUCAUCAACAUCGGCCAGGAUCACGUUGUGGCCAAGGAAAGGAUCAAGACGCUUGAGGGGGAGAAGGCAGACCUCCAGUCCCGUAUCAAGGAGUUGGAGGCGGAACUUGCAUCACAAAAGUCCAGCUCCGAGUCGAAUUCCAAGAUUCAAAAGGAGUACGACGCCAUGAAGGCCGAGUUCGAUGACCUGCAGACCAAGUCGAAGACUCUGCAGACUGACCUCCGCGCCGCCGAGGACCUCGCGCAGAGUCGCUACAAGGACCUGACCAACUUGCAAGGAAUCCUCGCCAAGGCACAGCCGGAGCUCAAGAGUCUCCGGGAAGAGUCAGCCACACUCAAGAUCACGAAGCAGGAGCUUGCGUCCAAGCAGACCGAGCUCCGCAACCUCGAGAAGCGGGAGAAGGAUCUCAAGAAUGAGGUCACACGGGCGCAGCGGCUGGCUUCGGAUCGCGAGGCUGAUCUAAAGCUUGCCAAUGAGAAGCUGGAGAUUGAGAAGAAGUCGCGCGCCAAGCUUGAGGACGAGAAGCGCACUGCCGGGCGAGACUACCGCCGCGCCGAAGCCGACAAGAUCGAGCUGUCUGCCAAAGCGGAAAAGGCGACGCGGGAACUGGAGAGUCUGCAGGGAGAGCUUGCAACGCUUCGUCCCCGUGUCAAGGAGCUCGAGGAGCAGGCGGAGAAGGCCAAGAAGGAGAGAGAUCUGAUCAAGGAAGACGCGGACCUCAAGACUCAGCAAUACAACAACGCUCAGGGCUUGCUAGGGUCAAUGCGCGACCAGACUGCUGAGCUGUCGUUGCAGCUCAAGGAGGCCCAGAGCCAAGCGGAAAGCCUGGAAGAGGAGCUUGCCGAGGUUCAGAAGCACCUGCUAGAAAGAACGCGCGAGGGCGAGACGAUGCGCAGGAUGUUGGCAGACGUGGACGAGCGCGCGGACUCCAAGGUUCGGGAGAUGCGGUCACGCAUGGAGGCCGCCGUCGAAGAACGUGACCGGAUCGAGGACGAGUCGUCGACACUGGCUCGACGCCGGGCCCGCGAAUCCGAGGAGCUCAAGUCCAAGGUGCGGGAUCUGGAGCGCGAGGUCAAGGCACUCGGCAAUGAGAAGGAUGACCUCGAGGCGCGCGAGCGCGAGUGGCGGCGGAGGAGGGAAGAGUUGGAGCAAGUCGAGGAGAAGGCCAGUGCAGAGGUCGAAGAGAUGCGCUCAACAGUGUCGAGCCUGCGUUCAGCCUUGGAUGCGUCGGAGCAGCAGGUCCGCGACGCUGAGAAGCAGCGCGGCGACCUGCGCCGGCUGCUCGACGAAGCCAGAGGCCGGUACGAGCGGACCAACAAGGAACUCAAGACUGUGCAGAGCCGUCUGACCGCUGGGUCAACGCCCAGCGGAGGCGUGGCGAGCAGUGUGCGAAGCAGUAUGGACUCGACGCGCAGUGGGGCGAAUGGAACACCAAUGUCCUCGGCGGGCGGCGGUGGCAGUGCCAUUGGACCUGGAGCAGGAGGUACACCAGACACGCUGUACCUCAAAACGAUCCUGCUGCAGUUCCUUGAGGUCAAGGACGACAAGGUGCGGGGACAGCUUGUGCCCGUGCUGGGGAAGCUGCUGCGGUUUGAUAAAAACGACGAGCAAAAGUGGAUGGCCGCAGUGCAGUCCUUGUCCAAGCCGGGCAGGUAGUCUUUGUUCUUGGGUGGCCUAGACGAUGUGGUUAUGCGAGAAGAUUUAUGCAAAAGCUGAAGGGGACUGGGAGAGGUAGAUGUUGCCCACACAAGGCAGCAACGUAAGGAACAAACGCCAGCACACCGAAGAGUAGGCUGGGCAGGGGUCCGUGGAUCCGUGUAUAUAGCAGUGGAGGGGAGAAACAUGUACAAAAUGCUACUAUUGACACCAGUCAUCGGCAUUCCCCCUUUCCAGUACAUCCAUCUGUACCUCUGCUUUGCCUACAACAGUGCUGCAGCAAGCCUGCCACCCACGGGGCCGCUCCGGCGCGGCGCGCUGCGCGCGGAGUCCCACAACUUGCCGGAGCACGGCAGCAAAGUGGAGCUUGCCCGAAAUCUAUGGGACCCGCCACG